UGUAUAUAGUGAGAUCUCUCCCCUUUCAAUUCAUAUGAAAUAUUAGUUCACAUAUUGAGCAUAGUUCAUCUAGUGAGAAUCACUUUGCAAUGCUUAAGCUUUUUGAUUCAUCUCUGAGGCUCUUUGUGGUUCCUCUGUCUGUGGCAACCAUAUGGAUUACUGUGACUAACAAGGAGGAUAAUAGCAGCUAUGGAAUGUUGAAGUAUAGCAACCUCUCAGGUCUCAAGUAUAUGGUUUUCAUCAGUGCCCUUUGUGCUGGUUAUGCUCUUGUUGCUGUAGCAUGCUCUUGGGUCAAAUAUGCAGUAUCUAAAGCAUGGAUUUUCUUUAUCUCUGAUCAGAUUUUAGCUUAUUUAGUUGUCACAUCAGUUGCUGCAGUAAUGGAGAUAUAUUACCUAGCUUAUAAUGGAGCUAAAGAAGAUUCAUGGAGUGAAGCUUGCAGUUCCUAUGGCAAGUUCUGCAAUAGAGUGAAGUUGGCUUUGAUUCUACACUUUUUUACCUUUGGCUGCUUCUUGGUUUUGGCAGUGAUUUCAGCUUUUAGAGCAUUUAGUUUAUUUGAUCCUCCUCUUCUGAAUUCUCAAGAGGUGGAACAAGUUAGAGGCUAAUUGAUUAGGAUUUCAAAUGCUGGUUUUGUUGUGAAUUUCUUUCAUUUCAAAAUAUGUCAUUUUGGAAUUAUAAUACAAUAAACGAUUAAGAGCUUAGAAUCAUAA